AAGGUCUGAGGGACCGGUUCUGUCCUUUCGGUGGGAGCUCUUGUGAGAAGAUGGAGGGGUAUAAGGGUAAUGAUUCGAUUUCAUCGACGGGUGCGUACGAGACAGAGUUGGUUGGGGAGCUGAUGCAAGUGAUUGAGACCGUUGGAUCUUACUCUGGGUUCAGAAGGACACAGAGGAAGGAAUGCUUGAAUUUGGUAAGAAGAUUGAAGCUGCUAAUGCCUCUUUUGGAGGAGAUAAUAGAGACUGAUAAAGUGUCGGUCUUGAACGAGGCCUUUGAUUGCUUGGAUGGUUUGAACAAGGCACUUCUUGGAGCUAAGAGGUUACUCAAGGAUUGCUGCUAUGGAAGCAAGAUUUAUUUGGCACUGGAGAGUGAGGCAGUGAUGAGUAGAUUUCAUGGAGUAUAUGAUAAAUUAAACCAGGCUUUGGAUGGUAUACCUUAUCAAGAGCUUGGGAUCUCAGUUGAAGUGAAAGAGCAGGUUGAGUUAAUGCGUAUGCAAUUAAAAAGAGCGAAAAAACGGACUGAUACCCAAGAUAUGGAACUAGCUAUGGAUAUGAUGGUUGUAUUCUCUCAAAGGGAUGACCGUAAUGCAGACAGUGCUAUUCUAGAAAGGUUAGCUAUUAAGUUGGAACUGCAUUCUAUAGUAGACUUGAAGGCUGAAACAGUAGCUGUUAGAAAAUUAGUGAAAAAGAGAGGCUCACAUAAUGCAGAAGGCAUUCAGCAUACCCUGCAACUCUUGGAUAAGUUCAGAAAAAUUGCAGGAGUUAACGAGAACAAUGUGCUAGAUACCCCAAUUUCUCUCAAGAGUCUGCAGAGAUGCCAGUCCUUGCUAAUUCCUCAUGAAUUCCUUUGUCCAAUCACACUAGAGAUCAUGACAGAUCCUGUUAUUGUAGCAACUGGGCAGACUUAUGAAAGAGAGAGCAUAGAGAAGUGGUUAAAUUCUAAUCAUCGGACGUGCCCAAAGACCGGACAAACUUUGGAUCACUUGUCACUGGCACCAAACUAUGCCCUCCGCAACCUUAUUCUGCAGUGGUGUGAGAAGAAUGACUACGAACUGCCAAAAAAGCAUAGUCAUGGAGGCUCCGGUGGCUCGCUCGUCAAGGAAAUCUCUUCCUUGAUACACAAUCUAACCUCUUGUCAACCGGACGUGAGUAGAGAGGCUAUUGUGAAGAUCCGUAUGUUGUCCAAAGAGAAUCCGGACAACAGGAUUGUGAUUGCCAACAAUGGAGCAAUCCCCAUCUUGGUUAAACUCUUGUUCUAUCCUGAUUCCCAGAUUCAAGAGCACGCAGUAACAUCGCUUCUGAACUUGUCAAUUGAUGAGGCAAACAAAAGACUCAUAGCUAGAGAAGGAGCUAUUCCUGCUAUAAUUGAGGUCCUGCAGAAUGGAAUGGAUGCUGCCAGAGAGAACUCUGCAGCGUCCUUAUUCAGUUUAUCGGUUCUUGAUGAGAACAAAGUACUUGUUGGAAGCUUGAAUGGAAUCCCACCUUUGGUGGAUCUUCUGCAAAAUGGGACAAUCAGAGGUAAAAAGGAUGCUGCCACUGCACUCUUCAACUUGUCUUUAAACCAAGCCAACAAGACCAGGGCUAUUAAGGCAGGCAUUGUACCUGCACUGCUUCGUUUACUUGAGGACAAGAACUUAGACAUGAUUGAUGAGGCACUAUCGAUCCUGUUACUCCUUGCAUCACACCCUGCAGGACGAAAUGAGAUGGGAAGUAUGUCGCUAAUCAAAACCCUUGUUGAAAUCAUUAAGAAUGGGAGUCCAAAGAACAAGGAAUGUGGCACAGCAGUACUUCUUGAGUUGGGUGUGAAUAGUUCAUCCUUCACUUUGGCUGCACUUCAGUAUGGUGUGUAUGAAGAUUUGGUAGAGUUGGGUAGAUGUGGAACGAGCAGAGCCCAAAGAAAGGCUAAUUCUCUUCUGCAACAUAUGAGUAAGUGCGAACACAUUCCGUUUAAUCUGAUGAAGUAGUGGAUUAGUUCUUGAGGAGAAUGGAGAUGUGGUGUUGUUCUUGUGUAUGCUCUCACUGAUUGUGGCUCUUGUACACAGAUGCUGCACAUUUAAUGCCCAUGGCAAAUUUGGUUUUCUAUGCUUGGCAUUGGAAAGAAACCAGUUACUGACACAUCAUUAAGAAUAAAUAGCAUGUUCGCUCCUCAGUCA